AUUUACGCGUCAGGGUGCACGUCGGACCCCGCAUUGGCAGAAAGUUCGUGAUGGGUUCGAAAUCACGACGUCGUUCCCGCUCCAAGUCCAGAAGUCGGAGCCGGGAUCGGCGGAACAGGUCCAGAGUGAGCCGGUCUCGAUCCCCGGACGACAACAGAGGCCGCAGUCGGUCCGCGGACAAGAAAAGAGCCGCCCGUGGACGGGGACGGUCGGGCAGCAGGGAGUCCAGCGACGGCUCCCCGGGACGGAGACGGCCUCAACACAGGGACCGUGCAGGUUCCCGGAGCGGCUCGGAGAGCGACCGGAGGCGAGGAGCUCACCGAGCCAGCAGCAGGUCGAGGGGUCGGUCAUCGAGCUCUGAUUCAGAUGAUCCCAAAGUGAGAAGGAGGAGGAAGGAAAAGGAGAACAAGAGAGGAACAUCUGGAGAUGGGAGAAGGGGAAGGUCCCAGCACAGCUCCGACUCCCGUGAUGGAAGCAGCGACAGAGAAAGGAGGAGACGGACAAGUCCUGACAGAGGGAGCCCGGUCAGAGACAGACAGAGGAUGGAGCGAGACCGAGACGGAGACAGAGAGAGGUGGAAGAGCAACAGCAGAGACCGGGAGAGAAAAGGAGACCGAGACAAAAGCAGAGAGCGAAAGAAGAUGAGUGAAGAUCGGGAGGAAGGGAGGAGCGCGAGGAGCAGAGAGAGGGCCGCCAGAGACCGAGGCAGGCAGUGCUCCAGUUCACCCGAGUCGUCUGACAGCUCAGGGUCUGAUCGCGGAAGACGUGAGGUCAAAGAAAAGGAGGAAAAGAAAAAACAGAAAGACAUGCUGAAAGCUCUGGAGACGCCGGAAGAGAAGAGGGCCAGGAGGCUGGCGAAGAAGGAAGCAAAGGAGAAGAAGAGAAGAGAGAAGAUGGGCUGGAGUGAGGAGUACAUGGGUUACACCAACGCAGACAAUCCCUUCGGUGACAACAACCUGUUGGGCACCUUCAAGUGGCAGAAGGCGUUGGAUAAAAAAGGCAUCGGCCAUCUCGGAGAAAAAGAUCUUAAAGAUCGGAACAAGUGUAUCCAGGAGGAAAACCGCAGAGAGCUGCAGAAGGUAAAACAGCUGCGACUGGAGAGGGAACGAGAAAAGGCCAUGAGAGAGACGGAGCUGGAGAUGCUGCAGAGAGAGAAGGAGGCCGAGCAUUUCAAGACCUGGGCUGAACAGGAAGACAACUUCCACCUGCAUCAGGCCAAACUAAGGUCUAAGAUUAGAAUACGUGAUGGCCGUGCCAAGCCCAUCGAUCUGUUGGCGAAGUACAUCAGCGCAGAGGAUGACGAUCUUGCUGUGGAGAUGCACGAGCCUUACACCUUUCUCAACGGACUGACGGUCACCGACAUGGAUGACCUGCUGGAGGACAUUAAGGUGUACAUGGAGUUGGAACAAGGGAAAAACGUGGAUUUCUGGAGAGACAUGACGACAAUCACCGAGGACGAGAUCAGCAAACUACGAAAACUGGAGGCCUCUGGGAAAGGACCAGGCGACCGUCGUGAGGGCAUCAACACAGCCGUGAGCACUGAUGUACAGACGGUGUUCAAAGGAAAGACGUACAGCCAGUUGCAGGCACUGCACCUGAACAUCGAGACGAAGAUUCGGGCCGGAGGGUCCAAUCUUGAUAUCGGUUACUGGGAGAGUCUCCUGCAGCAAGUCAGAGUCUACAUGGCCAGAGCAAGGUUGAGAGAGCGACACCAAGAUGUGCUGCGUCAGAAGCUGUUCAAGCUGAAACAGGAACAAGGAGUGGAGAGUGAACCAUUGUUCCCCAUCAUCAAAGAGGAAAUGAGGAGUGAUGAUGAUGAGGAGAGAACAGAAGAGCAAACCAGGGCGAAAACAACCGAAGAGUCUGGCCAGUCUUCGUCCUCCACAAAAUACAGAAACAGAGAAACACAAGAGGACGGAGAGGAGGCGGGUCCGUCAACAUCCACCGCAGGAAAUCAAGAUGGCGACAAGAAGGACGAAGAGGAGAAGGGCGAAGUGGUGGAGGCCGUGUUGACGGAGGAGGAUUUGAUCCAGCAGAGCCAGGCGGAGUACGACUCUGGUCGCUACAGUCCCACGCUGCUCACGUCGUCCGAGCUGCCGCUGGACUCGCACACGACCACACCGGAAGAGGACAUCCACAGGCUGCAGCUAGCACGCAGGCAGCUACAAGUCACAGGUGACGCCAGCGAAAGCGCCGAGGACGCCUUCGUACGUCGUGCCAGAGAGGGCAUGGGCAACGACGAGGCCCAGUUCAGCGUGGAGUUUCCCGUCACAGGGAAGAUGUACCUGUGGGCGGACAAAUACCGUCCGAGGAAACCCCGCUUCUUCAACAGGGUCCACACAGGCUUCGAGUGGAACAAAUACAAUCAAACCCAUUAUGACUUCGACAACCCUCCGCCCAAGAUCGUCCAGGGUUACAAGUUCAACAUCUUCUACCCGGACCUGAUUGACAAGCGCUCCACCCCACAGUACUUCCUCGAGCCCAGUCCAGACAACAAGGACUUUGGGAUUUUAAGGUUCCAUGCAGGCCCUCCAUACGAGGACAUUGCCUUUAAGAUAGUGAACAGGGAGUGGGAGUACUCUCACCGACACGGCUUCCGCUGUCAGUUCGCCAACGGGAUCUUCCAGCUGUGGUUCCACUUCAAGCGGUACCGCUACAGGAGAUAGAGGGCCACACACCGAGAUGGACCAAGAGCCCAUACACUUGAGUAGCUCAAAAUCCCCCACUGGGUUUUAAGCACACACUGUAUAUUAUUAUAGGCAGUGGGGUUAAUGUGCUUUGUUGUAUUGUUUGCAGCUGCUUUUACACCAAAAAGCAGUUAGUAAAGCUUGAAAUCCCUCUGUAUUGUUGUCUGGAAAAGUAAAUUGUAAUGUCUGAAAUUGACACAUUAAAGGUUUUUUUUUCCACUUUUUA